AUGACUGACCCCUUCUGUGUGGGAAGCGGCCGCCGGCUCCCGGGGCCCAGCAGGAGCGGGUCUGGGAAGGACAGCAGCCGGCACGAGGUCCGGCUUCCUGUGCGGCACGACCCGCCGAAGCUGGGGCUGCCGGUGGCCCGCGGGGGGCAGACCGUGCCUGGCCAGGCCCCGCUCUGCUUUGACCCGGGAAGUCCAGCCGGCGACAGGACAGAAGGGAAGAAAAAGGGGCGUCCGAAAGCUGAGAAUCAGGCCCUGCGAGACAUUCCCCUCUCCCUGAUGAACCAGUGGAAGGACGAAUUCAAGGCACACUCCCGGGUGCAGUGUCCCAAUGCCGGCUGCUGGCUGGAGUUCCCCAGCAUCUACGGGCUCAAGUACCAUUACCAGCGGUGCCAAGGGGGCGCGAUCUCCGAGAGGCUGACCUUCCCCUGCCCCUUCUGUGAGGCCGCCUUCACCUCCAAGACGCAGCUGGAGAAGCACCAGAUUUGGAACCACAUGGACCGCCCUCUGCCUGCCCCCAAGCCUGGGCCGGUCAGCCGGCCCGUCACCAUCAGCCGGCCCGUUGGGGUCAGCAAGCCCAUCGGAGUCAGCAAACCCGUCACCAUUGGCAAACCCGUGGGGGUCAGCAAGCCCAUCGGCAUCAGCAAGCCCGUGACGGUCAGCAGGCCCGUGCCGGUCACCAAGUCCGUGACGGUCAGCAGGCCCGUGCCGAUCACCAAGGCCGUGCCAGUCACCAGGCCCGUGCCAGUCACCAAGCCCAUCCCAGUCACCAAGCCCAUCCCGGUCACCAAGCCAGUGCCAGUCACCAAGCCAGUGACUGCCAACAAGCCAGUGCCGAUGACAAAACUUGUGACAGUCACCAAACCUGUGCCGGUCACCAAGCCGGUGACAGUCAGCCGGCCCCUCAUGGUCAGCAAGCUGGUGACGGUCAGCCGACCCCUCGCCAUCACCGGCAGACACACGCCGUCCUGCAAGAUGGUGCUGCUGACCAAGUCGGAGAACAAGAGUCCUCGUGCCGCGGGGAGGGCCAGCGGGAAGAAAAGGGCUGUGGACGGCCUGGAUGCCUGCCCCAUCCCGCCCAAGCAGGCGAGGUCGGAGAACGGGGAGUAUGGCCCGUCCACCACAGGCCAGGGCGUGGCCUGCCCGCCCAGCGCAGACCUCGGCGGUAGCCCCCUCUCGCUGGGCGGCCGGCCCUCGGGGGGCAAGGAGGCGCCGCGGGCCGCGGGCCCGGUGUCCCCGCCUGAGGAGGCAGCCGAGCGCACAAAGCACAGAAGGAAGCAGAAAACACCCAAAAAGUUUACGGGGGAGCAGCCGUCUAUCUCAGGGACGUUCGGACUCAAAGGCCUGGCCAAGGCGGAAGACAAAGCCCGGGGCUACCGAGCCAAGAAGCCGGAGGGGCCGAGCCCCGAAGACGUCCGGAAGAAGGCGCCGCCCCCCUCCAGCGCCGCCAGCAAGGAGGUGCCGGCAGCCCUCGUCCACCCAGCCCCAGGCGGUCCCGAGGAGCAGUGGCAGCGAGCUCUGCACGAGCGCGGGGAGGCCGUCUGCCCCACCUGCAACGUGGUCGCCCGGAAGACCCUCGUGGGGCUCAAGAAGCACAUGGAGGUGUGCCAGAAGCUCCAGGACGCCCUCAAGUGCCAGCACUGCCGGAAGCAGUUCAAGUCCAAGGCCGGCCUCAACUACCACACCAUGGCCGAGCACAGCGCCAAGCCGUCGGACACGGAGGCCUCCGAGGGGAGCGAGCAGGAGGAGCGGGAGCGGCUGCGCAAGGUGCUGAAGCAGAUGGGGCGGCUGCGCUGCCCUCAGGAGGGCUGUGGGGCCGCCUUCUCCAGCCUCAUGGGCUACCAGUACCACCAGCGGCGCUGUGGCAGGCCGCCCUGCGAGGUGGACAGCCCGUCCUUCCCCUGCUCCCACUGCGGCAAGACCUACCGCUCCAAGGCCGGCCACGACUACCACAUGCGCUCGGAGCACACGGCCCCGCCCCCCGAGGAGCCCGAGGACAAGCCCCCUGAGGCCGAGGACCUGCUGGGUGUGGAGCGGACGCCCAGUGGCCGCAUCCGCCGCACGUCGGCCCAGGUCGCCGUGUUCCACCUGCAAGAGAUCGCGGAGGACGAGCUGGCCCGAGACUGGACCAAGCGGCGGAUGAAGGAUGACCUGGUGCCCGAGACGGCUCGGCUCAACUACACGCGGCCAGGCCUCCCCACGCUCAACCCCCAGUUGCUGGAGACCUGGAAGAACGAAGUGAAGGAGAAAGGCCACGUCAACUGUCCCAAUGACUGCUGUGAAGCCAUCUACUCCAGCGUGUCCGGCCUCAAGGCUCACCUGGCCAGCUGCAGCAAGGGGGACCACCUGGUGGGAAAGUACUGCUGUCUGCUGUGUCCGAAGGAGUUCAGCUCCGAGAGCGGAGUCAAGUACCACAUCCUCAAGGCCCACGCGGAGAACUGGUUCCGCACGUCAGCAGACCCGCCCCCCAAACACAGGAGCCAGGACUCACUGGUGCCCAAGAAGGAGGAGAAGAGCGUGGCAGGCGGGAAGAAGCGGGGCCGCAAGCCCAAGGAGCGGCCCCCCGAGGAGCCUGCGCCCAAGAUGCCCCCGCGCCAGGAUGACUGGCCCCCGGGAGGCAGAGACAAGGGGGCCCGGGGUGCCACUGGCCGGAAGGUGGGAGGCGGCAAGGCACCCGAGAAGUGAGCGUGGUGGCUGGCAGGGGGGUGGGGCCCGGGCCCCACGCUGGCCACGCCCUCCUCUGUCCAGGGUUGGGUCGCAAGCUCCAGGACAUCCUGCCCUGCGGUUCCCCGCCCCCACCCCGUCUCCCCACCU